AUGAAAGCAGCAGUGAUCAAUGAAAACAGAGUUCCCGACUUUAAAAUAAAAGAUGAUUUGCCAAUCCCCGAGAUUUCUGAUCACGAAAUCCUUAUAAAAUCCAAAGCAUUUGCCGUCAAUCCAACUGAUUGGAAACAUGUUGAUUUCAAAUUUGGUCAAAAAGGUGAUAUUUUGGGUAGUGACGUUAGUGGAAUUGUAGAAAAAGUUGGUGCUAAAGUUGACAAUUUCAAAGUUGGUGAUUAUGUAAGCUCGUUUAUUGUUGGUAAUGUGUCACCCAAGAAUGGGGCCUGGGCUGAAUAUGUGGCUGCCAACCCAUUGGGCACUGUUAAGUACCCUAAAUUGGUUCUGGACCCUAGCAAGACUUCAUCAGGUCCAAUUACCACAUUUGAAGGAGCUGCCAGUGUCACUUUAGGCUUGGUCACCGUGGGAUACUCAUUUGCCUACUCACUCAAGAUUCCAGAAAAUUUUGUUGAAGGGGAUUUCAUAUUAGUUUGGGGUGGAGCUACUGCCACUGGUAUCUUGGCAGUGCAGUUGGCUAAGUUGAUAUACGGUUUGAGAGUGGUCACUACUGCGUCACCAAAAAAUCAUGAGUAUCUUAAAUCCUUGGGAGCAGAGUAUGUGUUUGACUACAAUGAUGACAAAGUUAUUGACAAGAUCAAGGAAGUUGUUGGAGGAUCAUUGAAAUUUGGGCUUGAUACAAUUGGAUCAGCUGAAACUUUCCAACAAACUUAUGAUGCCACUGCAAACACUACAGAAGGAACAAUCUUCCUUGACUCCACUUUGUUUCAAGAUGGAUCAAAUAUCAAAUUGGAUGAAUCUAGAGAUAAUUACAAAAUUCACUGGGGUCAUACUUUGGCAUAUUUAGCCAUAGCCAAGACCAAGUUUUUUGGUGAAAUGUUGCAUCAACCAGAAGAUUUAUUAAAGGAUUAUGUUCCUUGGUGGACCGAAGUUUUGCCAAAGUAUAUUGAUAAGGUCAAACAUGCAAAUUUGAAGGUUUUACCUGAUGGGUUGCAAAGUGCUGGUGAAGCUUUGAAAUUGUCUAAAGAGGGUGUUUCUAAUGAAAAGGUUGUAUUUGAUACAUAA